CGCGAUGUCGACCACCUGUCAAAUGUCAUGUUAGGCAAGUCAACGAACCGAUAACCGAUGAACUUGGCGGUUUAGUUGAUAAUUAAUCAAACUAAGCAGAAAUGCCCCCUAAGAAGCGCGAUAAAGACAAUGAAACAACAAAAAACUCUAAAAUUGAUCAUCUCCAGGCCGACCAUGAGCUGUUUUUGCAAGCAUUUGAAAAGCCAACACAAAUAUACAGAUUUCUGCGAACUCGUAACAUGCUAUCGCCGAUUUUCCUGAAUAGAACAUUGUCGUAUAUGAAGCGGCGGAUGUCUAGGAGUAAUAAAAGUCGCGUGGGGUUCAAGGUCAGCUCUUUGCUGGAGAAAAUCACUUUGAAGAAGAGUACAGAACUGCAACCUAACAGUUUGGGAGGGUACAUGACUCUGACCUUUCUGGGCUUUUAUGACAAGAGCUUGGUGGAUCCCAGAGACUACCAAGUGAAAGUAGAGACCUUGCUGCUCAAGAUAUGCCAUAAAAAGAGGAAAGAGAGCUCAUCUGAUGUAAUGGAAGUUUCGAUUGGCACCUGCUCACUGCCACUUAACCCGUCCACUUCGGAGCCCCCCACCAUGGCUUCAGCUGUCAGUAUCUCCAGCGUCACCUUCAGUCCGUCUCAGGGGCCUAAUGUCAAGUCCUACAUGCUUAUGCUGAAAGUCACGGUCACAAGGAACUCGGGGAACACUGCCAAUGGUAGCAGCAGCUCUACCGAAAUCAUGAAUGGAGAUAGUGAAGAACCAGCCACAAAGCGCCUGAAAUCAUCAGAACAUGGCAAUGAUUCGUCUCCCGACAGCAAAUGGAGCAAGCUCUAUGGCAGUGAGCUGAUAGUGUAUGACAAGCACAACCGCUGCUUGCUUACUAACGGAGAGUAUGAUCUGGUGCUGCAUGAUGUGACACCAGGUGGACGGAGCACAACACUGGCCAGGUCUCCGCAUAAGGCUCUGAUGGCUCAAUGGGAGACUAUUCCUAAUGAAAAUGAAAUGCAAACUGACAUAAAUCCGUUCGACAUCUUCAAAGUGAGACCGCUCCUCAAACUGAAGCUCAGCUGGAGCCAAGAACCAACCAACGGGCUGGUGAACCGUCCCAAGCUGUAUCAGCAAGAGGCCAAUGGUGCUAAGAAGGAUACUGUCACUGCUAAGGAGAGACCUUCAGGGAGCCAACAAAAGAAUGGGAAUGAGGCGAAAAAUAGAGAAAAAUCCAAAUCGGAUUCCAGUGAAGAGAACAAACGUCAACAAAUCAUAUACCAAUUCCUAUACAACAACAACUCGCGGCAACAGACGGAGGCCUGCGACGACCUGCACUGCCCGUGGUGUUCCCUCGACUGCGGCACGCUGUACUCUUUACUGAAGCAUUUGAAGCUCUGCCAUUCGAGAUUCAAUUUCACGUAUUUCCCGAUCCCCGGCGGCGCUCGCAUCGACGUGUCGAUCAACGAGCUGUACGACGGCUCGUACACGGGCUCGCCGCACGACCUCAUCGCCGCGCAGGGCCGCGCCGCCGCCGCCGGGCCGCGCGCCGGCCCCACGCGCCGCACCAGCCUCACCAGAGUGCUCAUCUGGAGGCCGAGGGCCCGGCGACGCCCGCAGAGACACAGCCUGGCGGAGUUCUUGGAGCUCGAUGAUAGCGAAUUGGUCGAAGCUCAGCGGCCGUAUCUCACAGGACAUAAUCGCCUCUAUCAUCACACGAUCUCCUGCCUCCCGGUAUACCCUAACGAACUGGACAUAGACUCAGAAAACGAGACCGACCCCCUCUGGCUCCAGCAGAAAACCAUGAUGAUGAUCGACGAGUUCACUGACGUCAACGAGGGAGAAAAGGAGCUCAUGAAGAUGUGGAACCUUCACGUGAUGAAAUACAACUACGUCGGUGACUGCCAGAUCCCGCUAGCUUGCCAAAUGUUCCUCCAAAUGAAGGGGAAAGAACUCCUCGAGAAAAACCUGUACAGAAACUUUAUACUCCACAUGUGUUCAUUACACGACUUCGGGCUUUUAAGCCCGGUAGCGCUCUACCAAACGGUGCAAAUGCUUAAUCAAAUGCUAGCGGACAACGCUGAAGCCAAAGAAAAAAUGAGAGAAUCGCUCAAAGCGCAACGCGAGCACUGGAACGCAGUAGGCAAAUACCAGCAACCAGUAGUGAUCGAGCAAAAACCACAGAGCAACACAGCUAAAUUAAACAAUGUCGAGGCCUCUCCAUCCGUUAGAAGAAAGACUUCUAAUCUUAAUAAUAGGAUCAAUACCCCGAGCACUAGUUUUAAAAACGCUCCGAGCACAUCCAACGGUGACACGAAGAGGAAAAUGUCUUCAGGUAGUAUUCAGAGCCGCAAGCGGUCGUCGAUAUCAGAGCGGAAGCGAUCAGUAUAGCGAAUACUGACGCGCUCGGGGAUGCGGUGACGCGUCGAGUCGAGGCUAAGUACAUUGUGAAGACUCUAGCGGGGCAUUUCUGCGAGAAGUCACAAGUGUGCAUUUGUACAACAUAUUUCCUGAAUAGUAUAAAGUAUAACAAGUUAUGUCGGUUUUUGACGCUAGGCAUAAACUUUUGAAUGAUUUAUCUGUUGUCUUUGCCUUAUAUUUCUUUGCCUAAACAGUGUGUUAACGUAUUAUCUUCGGUAUCCGUAUACCUAUAGUCUAUCCCUAAUAAGUUGAAACAUAAAUAAUCUAUCUAAAUUGUCCAUAAUUUUUAAUUUUUCAGAGUAAUUACAAUUAAAUGAAAAGCCUUUUUAGGCGUCUGGGCGGCUAGAUGCUAAAUUUUAACCCAUUUUUCUGUUUCCAUUUUGUAACAAGUGACAUCUCGCAAAAAUGCCCACAAGACUUAUUAAAAAGUGGAUUGUCAUCAAAGUAUAUUCUAUUAUACGUAGAUAAAUUUUCAAGACUGGAUGAUAGAUUCGCUUUGAUGAUUAGCAUUUUUUAAUGACUUUCUUUUUUCAAGUGUUUAAUGAUGAUUUUACAAUAAUGACGCGAGGUGAUAUAGGUGGGUAUUCCACCUGUCGGGCUAUUCCCACUAUUUACCACUAAGUUGUUACCAACUCGGUUUGGUGGUAACUACUAGGAAUUUUUUUCCCAGUGGUUACCACUGGUAAUAGGUGGGAUUUUUUUUCCCUGUAGUUACCACCAAAAUUUUGUUAGAGUUCAAUACAAUAAAACAGUAUACUAGAAAUAUGUGACGUUUUCAACCAAAAGAUACCACAUUGUCGCUUGUCAAUAAGGUUGAUUUCUAAUUGAAGCUAUAUGGAAAUAGCGCCUUACUGACAAGCGAUAAUAACCUUUUGGUUGAAAAUGGCACAUAUACCUAUAGAAACUUUAAUAAAUAACUGUAAGUCGAACAGUGUUUCAGUAAACUGCCUUAAAAGUGAACAAAAAUAUUAAAACAGUUUAACCGGUACAAGUGCAAAAACUAAAAUAGUUAAGGAUAAAUUUAAUUUUCCAUUUAGAUUUGUUUUCAUUAUCCGUUCUUCAAGUGAUUUUAUUAAUUAAACAGUUUAUGUCUAGGCAUUUAGUUCCCUUUAAGGCAGUUUACUGAAACACUAAUCGACUUAUAGUUAUUUAUAUAUAAUAUUUAUACUGUUUUUAUUACUAUUGAACUCUUAACAAAAUUUUGGUGGUAACUACUGGAGAAAAAAAAAACAUUUUUUACCAGUGGGAACUACUGUGGAAAAAAUUCCCAGUAAUCAGUGGUAAAAGGUGGGAAAAAAUUCCCAGUAGUAACAACUUGGUGGUAACUAGUGGGAAAUAACCCCACCUAUCCAAUAUCUUGGUCCAAUGUGCAUUGCGUCUCACUCUCUCACUAAGCAAAUUGUGAGAUGCAAAUACACAUUGGACAAAGAAAUUGGAAGCUGGAAUACCACCCAUGGAUAAAAUUUGAUCUUGCAUGUUCCUCUCGUAUCUUAAAAUUGGCCAUAUCCAAUUGUGAAUCAAAUAAUGUGAUGUUCCCGAGCAAAAGGUGCUACUUUAAGUUUUCAAUUGUUAUUUAUAGUUUCGUCCUUUUAAAUAAAUGUUUAACAAGCAGAAACGUCUGCCUAAUUUAAAAUGGGUAGCACAUCGUAACUGGUGAAUUUCCAAUAUGACUUGAAACUCUAGUGGCCGUUUAAGUAGUGUAACGCUCUUACGGUAGAUGUCGCUAGGGUCCCCUAGACUAUAUAGUGGGAAGAUUUGCUGACUAUGGAUGAGGUCUUGGUGGCUCAGUUGGCAGAGCGCUGGAGUAUCGAUCCAGAAGCUGUGAGUUCAAGUCUCACACAAAUCAGUAAUUAUUCCACUUCAAAAAUUUCGUAUUUUUGUCAAUAGUAUCAUAGGGUGGCAUUCCACCUGUCCAUGUGUAUUUGCGUCUCACAUUUUGCUUAGUGAGAGAGUGAGACGUAAUGCACUUGGGACAGGUGGAUUACCAACUUUAUUGUAAUUCGAAAAAAAGGUACCUUUUGCUUGAAAUCGACACCAAUGUUGUCAAAAUUAUUUGCUAGUAUUCUGAAUAGGAUAGUCUUGUUACUGCCAGAAGAAUUUAAAUGUUAGUCAAUGUCCAUAAAAUGGAUGACAUUGUAGUCUUAAGAUUUUGCAUGUUUUUGUUUCAUGAGAGAAUAUUGGUAUUAUGAAAGAUUGUAUAAGAUGUGUAAUAUAUGUCUAUAAAAAAAUCGUGCUUCGGUAUACGAGACUAAUGUAACAGAUGGCGCUGUACUGUGCCUUACGAAUACUGCAGCAGAAUUAAGUGACCCCCCUCCCUGCAUAGAAAUUUGUUUGCAGGGGGAGUCUCUUAACUGCAGCUUACUGUACAACCAAAGCUACUGUAUAACGUACAGUCAGCAUCGAAAAAAUAUUGUCGACCAAAGUGGCCAAUUAAUCCAAUUAUAUCGGGACACAUCCUUAUUUCUAAACGAAAUUGUGUUACGAUGUAUUUGGUCACUUUGGCCGUCACUUUCUCGUUGUUGCUGACUGUACGAAGCCGUACAGCGCCAUCUACAUCAUGUAUCAAAUUCGAAGCACGAAUUUGUCUAGACUUACACAUCUGAUAAAGAAAGGACGCGUAGCGCGAGGAAUUUCGUACAUCCACCCGUCUGUUCCUAUCUCUAUCGCUCGCGCAUAAUUAUAUCCCUGUCCCGCUCAGUGACAUUGACCGCCGGGCGGGACGACAGUAUAAUUACGCGCGUGCGAUAGAGAUAGGAACAGGUGCGAAAUUCCUCGCGCUUAGCAUCCUUACUUUACAAUCAAUAAAUCUUAGAUAUUGGUAUUAUUGAUUCCCAAUAAAAUGUUCAUCACAAACAAUCUGAGACUUUAUAAGUAUAUACAGUUUUAUUUUAUAUGCGGGACGAUUGCGAGUUUUUUUUACUAAUCAUGUUGAUUGUUAUGAUUAUAUGCAAUAAUAGCUCUUGUAUUUAGAGAUGUAAGCGAAUCUUUCUUGUUCUCUUUUUAGCAUACACAAAAAACACAGCUAAGCUAAAUGGCGCUGUACGUUUUUUGGUAAUUACCUUCGUUGAUUCACUUCAUUCAAUUGUGAUUUGCAGAUGGUUCCAUACAUCUAAUUUUCUACCUUAUUGUAGGAAGCAUAAAAUUGGGAAGCAGAUUCAACCCCUUGAUUCCCGGGGAUCAAAAUUGAUUAGCCAAAAAACAACCUUGAUAUUUUAAAUUUUAAUUGAAUUUUGAUUGUCGUUGCUGACCUCGAGCGUUUAAACAUCGUCUUUAUUCUGUCUUUGUUAUGGUAGAAAUUCAAUUGUAUUAAAAUCAUUUGUCACUCGCAAAUGUAAAACAAUUUACCCGUAAGGAAGCCAGAUGUAGUGCAUAAAAUCCUCUACCACCGUAUUUUCACGGAAACGUGUCAUGCUGUUUCAGUCAGUUUCAGUAUAAAAAGUUCUGAAGUUGACUGAAGCAUGUCAAAUACGAACGUUUCCGAGAAAAUACGAUGGUAAAGAUGCACUAUAUAUUCUGUAAUUUCUAUGACUGUGCACGUUUACUUUAGGUUCUUUUAAGCUUUACACCGUCUGUACCAAAUAGUGACCAGAAGGUUUUUAUCCAUUUGAUUUUAUACUUUAUAUUUAAACAAAGUCAAUAUUUAAAACACCACAAAUUCGCAUGAUGCUUGUAAAUUGUUAUAUUGACUAUGAUUAUUAAAACAAUCACUCUUUAAACAUUGUAAGGUCGUGUUACGAUAUAUUUGUCAACCCUGGCUACUGUCACUAUUUGUUGACUGUACAGACAGUAUCAAAAGUAGCGUAUCAGACUAUGCGUCAAAAGUAUCUACCAUUCUCUUAUAGCUUAACAAAAAGAGAUAUGUCCAAUGGGGUUGGCCGGUCGAAGUAAUUCACAGAUGGCGCCAGCAUAGCUUGCCCUGUCAAUCCCUAGAAUUGUGUCAAAAUUUUGUUUUUUUAAUGGAAUUUUAUGCCCUGGAUGCCAGCCCUUUAAGCUAAAUCUCAUAGAAAAAGUGCAAGCUAUGAUGGCGCCAUCUAUGCAAACCUUUGACAGUUGCCAACCCCAUUAUAGAACAAUAAUCUAAACUGUUAUUAAAUAAGAAAAUAGAACAGGUACCGUCAAGUGGGGGAACUGGGGACCGGAGGGUUAACAUUAGACAAAAUAUUCCCCAACUAUAUGAAUGUGGCUGACAUCAGUGUUUUUAACAAUCUUUGAAUCAGGAUUUACCAGUCUGGGUCAAUUUUUCAACUAGAUUAAGUUCAUAUUAAAAAAAAAUGUCGAAAGUUAGCCCUCUGUCCCCUAUUACCCCACUUCACGGUACCUGCUAAGUUAGACAUAGACAAGGGAAUAUUGGCUUCAUCAAAUGAUUGGCUUGCAUAAAUGUUUCUUAAAUUAAACGAAUACAAUACAAUGCAAUACAAUAAAUUUAAAAGGCAGUUUCGGUCGGUCGAUUUUUCAAUAUUUAGAAGGCUCUAACUCAUGAUCUACCUUUGCAUUAGAAAAUUGAUUAGAGCAUACUGCAGGUAUUCCUGGAGUUUCUUGAAACUUAAA